AUGCCGCCCACAAAAGUCGCUUGUCGUGUUUGUCACGAUCGACGCGUGAAAUGUGAUCGCCGGGACGGUGCUGCGUGUUCAAAUUGUCGGAAUGCUCAGGUGGAGUGUGAGGCGAUUGUGUCUCGUCGCGGACGGAGACGAAAGCUUCCUCUUUUGCCUUCAGUAUCUGUUUCGAACAGUAACUCGCUUCCAAUUGCUUUUGAAGCCUCGUCACGCAGGGCAAUAGCCCCGAAUUUUCCGAUCGACUCCGAUGCCCAACACGAUCGAAAUACCCAACAGGAACCAUGUUUCCCAACUCGCAGUCCCAGCGGCAAGACCCCCUACGUCGGUGACUCUUCGAAUCUAAACUAUCUAAUCCAACAAUUCGGAAACCCCUUCAAGGGCACGACAGACGCCCGUCCGCUCCAAGACCGUCUGCAGAGUGCAAUGCUAACACGACUUGGACAGUCAACGGCACAGGAAAUCAAGCAAAUUAACACGUCAACAAUGAACAGGCUCAAGGUGGAUGGAGCAUUUGACUUGCCCUCUCAAGAAACUAGCGCAGCUCUGCUAGACGCCUACUUCAACUAUUCACUCGCAGCCAUACCCAUCCUCGACAAAGAGCGAUUCCUCACAUCGGUACAGGAAGGCUCGUUUUCACAUCUUCUUCUGAAUGCAGUCUACCUCGCUGCUACCUGCUACUGCUCAGACAACGUCAUUGCAAAUGCCGGGUUCGUGUCUCGCUACGCUGCGAGUCUUUCCUUCUAUCGCAAGGCCAAGGCGUUAUAUGAUGCGGGCUACGAGUCGGAUGCCAUCACGACGAUCCAGGCGACGUUCUUUAUAUGCCAUUGGUGGAGUGGGUUGCUCGAACACAAGGAUCCGUGGUAUUGGCUUGGGAUCUCGGUGGGUAUUGCGCUGGCUUUGGGUAUGCAUCAGGAGAGAUCGUAUUUGCGGCUGGAUGAGCGAGAUCGCAGGCUGUGGAGGCGAAUUUGGUGGAUGGUCUAUGCGAUGGAUAUUCACUUGUCCAUGCUGCUUGAUCGUCCUCCUCGAGUACAGGGGAGGCUAUGCAAUGUGCCGCCUCUGUCAGAGGCAGACGUUGAACGAGUCUCGGAAUCGCAGUUGAAAACGUCUGCUGUGACUUCGAUCGACGAGGAUCUAUUCAUGAUAUAUGCGGUGCAGCUAGCCAGUAUAGUUGACCAAUUCUUCACGAUCAAAUCCGACGAACACGGCCAAUCGCAAGACAUCUGUCUCGAGCAGAUUUCGUUGUGGUCGUCCUCGCUUCCGCCAGAGUUCAAGUCAUUGUCGACGAAUAGCAGUACGUGGGCUAUCCUGACGCAAAUACUAUACCAGGAAUAUCGACUCGUGCUUCACCGUAGCAACCCUCGAUUCUCGCAGGAAACAGGACCCGGUACACCGACCUUUGCAAUCUGUACGGAGAUUUCUCAUAUGCUGGAGAUUAUUAUGGCCAAUAACAUGGUCUAUGCGGCUGCUGCGAGCAUGUACGCUCCUCUCUCUGCCUCACAUCUUCCCGGACCCUUUCUGAUGAUGUCUCCUGACAGAAUUGCCCCCACCCUGUCCGUCCUCGCAAUCCACAUCGUCAAUAUUCACCGAGGAGAUGCCGGCGUCCGCAUGAUCUCCGAACACCGAGCCCGCUUCUGCAUGGCUAUUCUUGACAAGCUGCAGGAUCGAUUACCCGUCGUCGCUGCGUUCUACCCUAUCUACGAAGCCCUUCUCAAGCAAUUCUCCACUGCCGGUGAUACGUGCGAGAAUACUGAUGCUUCUGAUCAAAGGGAAACAGAGCAAACGGUGGAGGGUGGUUCUCUGAGGAAUGAUGAGCCGGGAGGUUCACUGAAUACGGUUCCUGCAGAUGGUUCGCUUGAACGCGUGUUGCAGGAAAAUAUGAAUGGGACAUUUCCAUUUUCGUUCCCAUUUGGAAAUCUCUUUGAGGAGAUCUUUCUUGGUUCGGAUGAGCAGCUGUGGCAGGCUCGUGAAGAUGAUGCUCUGUAG